AUGUCUGGAUCUACGCAGCCCGUGACAACACAGAGCUGGCGUGCCGCCGAGCCGCGCUAUCCCCCGCACGCCAUGUCCUACCCGGUGCAGAUCGCUCGACCGCAUGCGGACGUCGCGCUGUUGGAGUACCAGCAUCAUUCCAGGGAUUUUGCUUCCCACCUCCCGCCCGGGUCGAUCAUGCAGCCGCAGCGGCGGAGGCCAUCCCUGCUCUCCGAGUUCCAGCCAGGCAACGAAAGGUCUCAGGAGCUACACCUGAGAACCGAGGCGCAUUCCUAUCUCUCUGACCUGACCAAGCCGUCGGACUUGGAGUUCAUUGAAACCAAGAGACCACGCCUGGAUCUGCUGCAGGACCCGCUGCUGCGGCACUCGCCUCUCCUGAACCAGAGCCAGCAGGCAGGGACGGAGGAUCUCUCCAAGGAUCGUGGCCUGCCUGGCAAACUGGAGCCUGUGUCGCCCGUGAGCCCUGCCCACCCCGAUGCCGAGCUGGACCUGCUGCCGGCCCGGCUCUCUAAGGAGGAGCUCAUCCAGAACAUGGACCGCGUGGACCGCGAGAUCACCAUGGUGGAGCAGCAGAUCUCCAAGCUGAAGAAGAAGCAGCAACAGUUGGAGGAAGAAGCAGCCACGGAGCCUGAAAAACCCAUCUCCCCCCCUCCUAUCGAGUCCAAACAUCGCAGCUUGGUGCAGAUCAUCUACGACGAGAACAGGAAGAAGGCGGAAGCUGCCCACCGGAUCCUGGAAGGGCUGGGUCCCCAGGUGGAGCUG